CGCGUUAAAAUAAAUAAAUAAAUUUACAAUUAUUGCGAAUUAUAUAUUGUGAAAAACAACAACAACAACAACAAAAAUACACUGAAAAAAACGUACACCAAAAUGGCGGACAUCAUGCGUCCGCCGUAUAGUGAGAUAAAACGGCCGGACGAAAUUGUCAGAAUGACAACUGCCGACAAUCUCAAGUUCGCCGUCCUCAUCGGCCUCAUCGAGGUUGGUCAGGUGACCAACCGGGAGGUGGUCAACACCGUCCUGCAUUUGCUGGUUGGCGGUGAAUUCGAUAUGGAAUUGAAUUUUGUGAUACAGGAUGCGCAGAAUAUCAAACAUAUGCUGGAGCUGUUGGAUCAUUGUCCGCCCAAUUUGCAGGCGGAGAUCUGGAGCGUCUUCAUUGCCAUCCUGCGCAAAAGCGUCCGCAAUCUGCAGGCCUGCACUGAUGUUGGCCUCAUCGAGCAUGUCCUAGUACGCCUGCAGCGCUCCGAAACGGUUGUGGCAGAUCUGCUCAUCGAGAUGCUGGGCGUGUUGGCCAGCUAUAGCAUAACGGUAAAGGAGCUGAAGCUGCUCUUUGGUACGAUGAAGGCCACCAAUGGCAAGUGGCCGCGCCACUCGGCCAAGUUGCUGAACGUCCUCCGGCAGAUGCCACAUCGCAACGGACCGGACGUGUUCUUCAGCUUUCCGGGCCGCAAGGGAUCGGCCAUGGUCCUGCCGCCGUUGGCCAAAUGGCCCUAUGAGAAUGGAUUCACCUUCACCACCUGGUUCCGUUUGGAUCCCAUCAAUUCGGUGAAUAUCGAAAGGGAAAAGCCCUACCUUUAUUGCUUCAAGACAUCAAAGGGUGUGGGCUAUACGGCGCAUUUUGUGGGCAAUUGCCUUGUUCUCACCUCGAUGAAGGUCAAGGGCAAGGGCUUUCAGCAUUGUGUCAAAUAUGAAUUCCAGCCACGAAAGUGGUAUAUGAUUGCCAUAGUGUAUAUAUACAAUCGUUGGACGAAAAGCGAAAUCAAGUGCCUCGUUAAUGGACAGCUGGCCUCUUCAACGGAGAUGGCCUGGUUUGUUUCCACAAACGAUCCCUUUGACAAGUGCUACAUUGGAGCCACCCCCGAACUGGAUGAGGAGCGGGUGUUCUGUGGCCAAAUGUCGGCGAUCUACCUAUUCAGCGAGGCACUGACCACGCAACAGAUCUGUGCAAUGCACCGCCUGGGUCCCGGCUAUAAGUCGCAGUUCCGUUUCGACAACGAGUGCUAUCUGAAUCUGCCGGACAAUCACAAGCGGGUGAGUCACUUUCAACUUCUGCCAGCGACCUUGGGGGCAUCAGCACUGUCGGGCGUCAGUGGUAGUGGCACCGGAAGCGGUAGCGAUGCAGCAGCAGCAGCAGCAGCUGUUGCCGCCGGUCAGCAACAACAAUUGCAAUUGCAAUUCCAAACGCUGGCCGCCGAGCAAGAGGCGCGUGCCAUCGAUUGGUCCGAUGAAAAGCUUGAUUUAAAUGCGGCAUUUGUGAAAAUUCGAGCGGUUUUAACUGCACGCAAUGCAGUGACCUUGGCUGGUAGUAGCUCUACUGCAGGAGGAGUCACAUCCUCCUCCUCCAACACCACCACCUCCGCAGCAGCAGGAGGAGGGGGAACAACUACCGCAGCAACAUCUGCUGCACUGCCAGCAGGAACAGCAGCAGCAGCAGCGGCAGCAGCAGCGGCAACACAAAAUGACAAUGAUGCGGCAGCGUUACAGCAGCAACUUGCAACAGCAUCUGGCAAUGCGGAUGAUCCGCUCAGCCACUUGCCCACUGGAAAUGUUUCUUCUUUUGAGCAACUCCGUCGUAUGUCCAGUGUGAGCAGCUUGAACUCAAUGAUCGGAAGCGCCGACACUGAGGAGGUCAACCAGCUGAAAGCUGUGCUGUACGAUGGCAAACUAUCGAAUGCCAUUGUGUUCAUGUACAAUCCGGUGGCCACCGAUGGUCAAUUGUGUCUGCAGUCGUCGCCCAAGGGAAACGUUUCAUAUUUCGUGCACACGCCGCAUGCGCUGAUGUUGCAGGAUGUGAAGGCUGUGGUCACGCACUCGAUACACUGCACCCUCAACUCGAUUGGCGGUAUACAGGUGCUGUUCCCGCUCUUCUCGCAGCUGGACAUGGCCCAUGAGGGUCUGGGCGAUAUCAAACGGGAUCCCACGCUGUGCUCAAAGCUGCUUGGCUUCAUCUGUGAACUGGUGGAAACAUCGCAGACAGUGCAACAGCAUAUGAUCCAGAAUCGGGGUUUCCUGGUUAUCUCGUUUAUGCUGCAGCGCUCCUCCCGCGAACAUCUUACCCUUGAGGUCCUUGGAUCCUUCCUGAACCUCACCAAAUAUCUGGUCACCUGCCUGUCGGCCAAUAGCGAUCUGCUACUCAAGCAGUUGAACACAGGCCUGCGUAAUCCUUUCAAAAAAUUCUACCAGUUGUUCUGUUUCUCGUUUCUCACGUGGCAGCUGCUCGAUCAUGUCCUCUUCAAUCCAGCUUUGUGGAUCUACACACCAGCGAAUGUCCAGGCGCGGCUCUACUCCUAUUUGGCCACCGAGUUUCUCUCGGACACGCAGAUCUACAGUAAUGUCAGGAGAGUCAGUACAGUACUACAGACAGUGCAUACUCUAAAGUACUACUAUUGGGUGGUGAAUCCGCGGGCCAAGAGCGGCAUCAUUCCCAAGGGACUGGAUGGACCUCGUCCAGCUCAAAAGGAUAUCCUGGCCAUACGUGCCUACAUCCUGCUGUUCCUCAAACAGCUCAUAAUGAUCGGCAAUGGCGUCAAGGAGGACGAGCUGCAGAGCAUACUCAACUAUCUGACCACCAUGCACGAGGAUGAGAAUCUGCAUGAUGUCCUGCAGAUGCUCAUCUCACUGAUGUCGGAGCAUCCCAGCUCCAUGGUACCUGCCUUCGAUGUAAAGCACGGUGUGCGCAGCAUCUUCAAGUUGCUGGCAGCCGAGAGUCAGUUGAUACGGCUGCAGGCCCUCAAAUUGUUGGGUUUCUUCCUUUCGCGCAGCACCCACAAACGAAAGUACGACGUGAUGUCGCCACACAAUCUGUAUACAUUGCUGGCAGAGCGAUUGCUCCUCUAUGAGGAGUCAUUAUCCCUGCCCACCUACAAUGUCCUCUACGAGAUCAUGACGGAGCAUAUCUCCCAGCAGAUUCUGUACACACGACAUCCGGAACCGGAGAGUCAUUACCGUUUGGAGAAUCCAAUGAUCCUCAAGGUGGUGGCCACCCUGAUCCGACAGUCCAAGCAGACUGAGUCUCUGAUCGAUGUUAAGAAGCUAUUCCUUCAGGAUAUGACUCUACUGUGCAAUAGCAAUCGCGAGAAUCGCCGGACAGUGCUCCAGAUGUCUGUGUGGCAGGAGUGGCUCAUAGCGAUGGCCUACAUUCAUCCGAAGAGCAGCGAAGAGCAGAAGAUCAGCGAUAUGGUGUAUUCCCUAUUCCGUAUGCUGCUCCAUCAUGCCAUCAAGCAUGAGUAUGGUGGUUGGCGAGUUUGGGUUGACACUUUAGCCAUUGUCCACUCGAAGGUGUCUUACGAGGAGUUCAAACUUCAGUUUGCCCAAAUGUAUGAGCAUUAUGAACGCCAGCGAACGGAUAAUAUCACUGAUCCUGCCCUGCGUCAGGCUAGACCCAUUAGUACGAUCAGUGGUUGGGAGCGAGAGGAGCUGCAUCAGCAGCAGAAUGGUAGCGCUGCUGCAGUGGCUUCGAAUCAAACAGCAGUAGCAGCUGUUAAGGGAGCUGUUUCCAUUGCCUCGCUGGAGGAUGUGCCACCGGUGGUCGAGGAAGAGGUCGAGGAAUUGGAACUCGAGGAAGUGGAGAUUCAAGAGGGUCCCAUCAUCGAAGAAGCCGAACAGAAAUCCGUGAUAGCCAAUAUUUCCGAUGUCUACAAUGAGCAGAUCAAAACAGAUGCCACAUGCAAUGGCAAUCUGGAGGAGGUCAAAGAGGAAGAUCCGGCCCAGGAGCAAAUUGAAGAACUGGAGAAGCCAUCGUCGGAACAAUCACCAUUGGGAGCCCUCAGGGAAACCCUACAAUUGGGUGAUGAUAUGGAUGUUGAGGAACUGGAGCUGGCCACGGCCAAGGAUGCCAUCAAUGCGGAACAGCAUGUGGCGCGUGUUCUGCAGGCCUCCGAAGCGGCACUCAACGAUUGCAAAAUGGCCGUUGAUGAUGUCCUGCAGGAGUCAUCCUCGGUGCUGAAAGACGAGGAGAUCGAACUGGCCGUUAACGAAGUGGUUCAGGGUGUUCUUAACAAUGAGAAGAAAUCGCAGGCGGACAAGGAUAAGGAUCAGCCAGCUGGACAGGAUGUGAAUGUUAGCCUGCUGAACAGCAAGAAUCUGCUCAACAAUAAUAAUAAUAACAACAAUAAUAGUCCGAGUCCUACGCUCACAACGGCAACAGCAACGGCAACGGCAACGGCGGAAACGACGGAAACAGAAACGGAAGCGGAGGUCAAUGCCAAUGAGAUCGUGAGUAGCACACAGGCGGCGUCAAAGGAGGAAACGAAAACGGAAACGAAAACGGAAAUGGGCUUAACACCGGAAGUGGAAACACCGGAAACGGCCAAGCCAAGCCCAAUAAUCCCCAGCCCCGUAGUAGCAACCAAUCAAAAGACUGAAGAUGCAGCCAACAAGCUGAAUAACAACGAGAAGCUGGCCGAGACUAGUAACGCUAGUCCCGAGCCCAUUAUUUUGGAAACCCCAGAAGCCGAUCUUCUCCAGCUUUCUGAUACCGAAUCCAAACCGGAAAAGGAACCAGAAGCAGAGGAUCCGGUAGCUUUGGCCGUACGAGAUAUUGUCGAGCAACUCAUCGACAAGGUUAUCGAUGCCACGGAAGCGGAAACGGUCAGCGAAACCAAAACGGAGACAAAUAACAAUGAGUUACCCAAAAAUGAGAAGCAGAGUUCAGAGGCCGCGGCGGAAGUCGAGACUCCAGAAAGCCUGGCUGCUGCCGCCGAGGAAAUCGUCCAGGAAGUGGUAGAAGCCGCUCUUGUUUUGGUCCAAGAGGAGGAUAUCCCGGAGGAAGCAGAAAAGGAAGCUAAAACCCAGGAAACGGAUAAGGAGAAGGUAAAGGAAGAGGAAGAUUUGCUGCAGCUGGAGGAAAAGCCAGCAGUGGCAGAGAUUCCAGAAGCUAAGGUUCUAGUUGAGGAUCCUAAGCAACCAGAAGAAACCAAAUCCCAGGAACUUAAAACCAAAGAACCUGAGGAUCAAAAGUCUCAGAAUAUGCCCGUUGAGCUAACCCAGAAACCAGAGGAACAGGUAUUGACCAUUGUUAACCAAGUCCUGGACACUCUGGUCGACGAAACUGUCAAGGCAGUGGCCGCCGAGCAAACCACUCAGACGUCACCGGCUCCCGAAGAGCAAUCACCACAGAUUCUGGCCAAGGAAACGUCAGUGACGCCAGUGCGUGUUAAGCCCACUGAGGUGGACUCCACCACCCAGACAACGCCGAAAAAUGAAGCUAGUGCCAAUCUAAUGGUUGAAGAGGUGCAGCAAGUUCUCCAGGAGGACGAAGCACAAACUUCUGGUGGCAUUGCCAUCGAAGAUGAUGAGUACACCAAUCAACAGCCAGCAUCGGGAGUUGAUAGCAAUGCCAGUCAAAUGGAGGCCAAUCAUUAUGGUCCAGCCGGUGGUAAUCCGGAAUCGAAGCAGCAACAACAACAACAACAGCAUCCGCAGCAGCAGCAGCAACAGCAGCGCUCCAAAUCGGGAUCAACGCGACCGAUGUUUAGUCCUGGACCAACACGUCCACCAUUCCGGAUACCAGAAUUCAAAUGGUCGUACAUCCAUCAGCGAUUGCUUAGCGAUGUACUAUUUUCCCUGGAAACGGACAUACAAGUAUGGCGCAGUCAUUCGACCAAGAGCGUCCUGGACUUUGUCAAUUCCAGUGAGAAUGCCAUCUUUGUGGUGAACACGGUGCAUUUGAUAUCCCAGCUGGCGGAUAACCUGAUUAUUGCCUGUGGAGGAUUGCUGCCUCUAUUGGCCAGUGCCACGUCACCGAAUUCCGAACUUGAUGUGCUGGAACCCACGCAGGGCAUGCCUUUGGAAGUGGCCGUAUCCUUCCUGCAGCGUCUGGUUAAUAUGGCAGAUGUUUUGAUCUUUGCCACAUCCCUGAAUUUCGGAGAACUGGAAGCGGAAAAGAAUAUGUCUAGUGGUGGCAUUCUACGACAAUGCCUGCGAUUGGUCUGCACCUGUGCGGUAAGAAAUUGUCUGGAAUGUAAGGAGCGUACGCGUUAUAAUGUCGGAGCUUUGGCGAGAGAUGUUCCGGGUGCAGCGCAUCUGCAGGCCCUCAUACGUGGAGCUCAGGCAUCGCCCAAGAACAUUGUCGAGUCAAUCACCGGUCAAUUAUCACCUGUUAAGGAUCCCGAGAAGCUGCUCCAGGACAUGGACGUUAAUCGCCUGCGUGCUGUUAUCUAUCGUGAUGUGGAGGAGACCAAGCAGGCACAAUUCCUGUCACUGGCCAUCGUCUACUUUAUAUCCGUGCUGAUGGUGUCCAAGUAUCGUGAUAUUCUGGAGCCGCCGGCAGAGCCGCAGAUUCAGCGUCAAUCGCCAGUGCUACAGCGCACGGCAGGCGGCGAAGCCGCCAGUGCGCGUCCUUUGUUCCCCCAAUGGUCGCAUCAUGUUUACCCGCAAUUCCUGCCCGAAUCGCACCAGAAUCACAGCAACAACAUGCAACACCAGCAGCAGCAACAGCAACAGCAGCAACACUACUAUCAGCAACAGCAGCAACAGCAACAGCAAGUUGCCCAUAAUCACAGCCAUCAUCAUAUGGCGGCUGCUUACUACCAGCAACAACAGCAACAGCAACAACAGCAACAGCAUCAGCAAGUUGCAGUUGCCCAGCAACAACAUUCACCCACACCUUUGGCCACACAUUCGACCAGUUCUUCGGCCAGUUCUACGGCCACAUCUCAGCCAGCUUCGAGUUCCUCGCUCUCCAGUUUGGCAUCGCAAAGUCAGCAACAGUCGUCGCAUCGUCAGUUGCACAAACAGCAGCAACAUUACCAUCCACAUCAGCCGCACUAUGGCUUGAUCAAUGGUCAUCAGCAGCACCAGCAGCAACUGAAUGGUAAACAUUAUACGGAAAAUGGAUCGGCAUCGGGAGUAGGAGGAGGAGUAGGAGGAGGAGUAGGAGGAGGAGGAGGAUAUCACCAGCAUUCGCAUCCACAUCCGCAUGGUGGUUAUAUGCGAAAUGGCGAGUCAACGGCACAGCAGAAUGGCAUUUCAGACUAUCAGGUAGUGGGUCUGAUGAAUGGACAUGGCUCCGGUAAUGCGACCGGUAAUAACAAUAAUUCCAGUCUGAUGAACAACAUGAGAAAUCUGAGAAAUGGUGGAGGAGCAACAGCAUCAUCAACAUCGCCAGGAAACCAUCAAGGAAUCCCAGGUGGUGGUGGUGGUGGCGGUGGCGUUGGCGGUGUUGGUGUUGCAACGACGGCAGCUGUUAAUGCAAAUGCUGUUGGUGUUGGCAUGGGUGUAGCAGUGGGCGGUGGCGGUGUCAUUGGAGGCAUGGCUGGGGGCUUGGAUGGAGGCGUGGCCUACAAGACGAGCGCCAUAAAUAAUAAUUACCGCUACAAUGGACGCAACGCAUCCGCUGGAACAGGUGGUCGUCAAAUGCAGGAUAGUGACUAUGAAAUAAUCGUUGUCGAUGAGAACAAUCCAUCGGUUUUGGCUGAUAAUGAUUCGCAUUCAAGUGGACCGCCAUCGAUUAAGGCCAACCAGACAACAACAACAACAACAGCCAUAGCUACAACUACAACAACAACAACCCAUAUUAACAACAACAACAACACUAAGACAACAACAGCUAACGCUCCAACAACAACAACAAUUAAAAUUCAACAACAACCAUUGUCACCACCAAAGCCGUUGGUGCCACAAAAAUUGCCAAAGAGCGUCGAUUCGGACGUGGGCUCCCUGAACAUGAAUUCCACAGAGAACGAAGUGCCCGAGGUGGAAUCCUCCAGCGAGAUCCUCAUUGAUGACCACAAGCCGAGUCACUCGAACGACGAAAGCUGGACGGAUGUGAAUCUCAACGAGGAUGCUGCCGUUCAAGCAGCAAGUGCCGGAAUGGUUGUGGGUUUGGUGGAUAAUGGUGGUAAUGUUAUAACCGAUAAACAUGACCCAUCCUCCCAUCACAACCAACAGCAACAGCAGCAGCAGCAGCAGCAACAGCAGUCGGGGAUUAUUGGCCAGCAGCAGCAGCAUGGAUCACUUGGCCAUUCGGAACGGGGUGAUAAGCCCGAUUCGGAGAUUUCGGUGGUACGUGUACCCGAUGGUUAUGGUGGUGCUGGUUCCGGCGUUAAUUCCGGACAAGGUCAAGGUGUACCGCCCAAUCAGCGUCCGCGACCCGAGGAAUUACCCAUGAAGGCACCAGCUUUGGUGGCCCAGCUGCCGCUGACUACACCAUCGCGGGAGGCGAGCCUGACACAAAAACUGGAAAUUGCAUUGGGACCGGUGUGUCCAUUGCUUCGUGAAAUCAUGGUUGACUUUGCACCCUUCUUGUCCAAAACUCUAGUCGGUUCCCAUGGCCAGGAGCUGCUGAUGGAGGGCAAGGGUCUGACGACCUUCAAGAAUUCCCAUUCCGUGGUGGAGCUGGUUAUGUUGCUCUGCUCUCAGGAGUGGCAGAACAGUCUACAGAAACAUGCAGGAUUGGCCUUCAUCGAGUUGAUUAACGAAGGUCGACUCCUUUCGCAUGCCAUGAAGGAUCAUAUUGUCCGAGUGGCCAAUGAGGCGGAGUUCAUACUGAAUAGAAUGAGAGCCGAUGAUGUCCUUAAGCAUGCCGACUUUGAAUCGCAAUGCGCUCAAACCCUUUUAGAGCGAAGGGAGGAGGAGCGAAUGUGUGACCAUCUAAUCACUGCCGCCCGACGCAGGGAUAACGUGAUCGCCAGUCGCCUGCUCGAGAAGGUGAGAAACAUUAUGUGCAAUCGUCAUGGAGCCUGGGGCGAUUCUAGUACCAGUGGAUCGAGCGGCGGCGCCAUUGUGGGAGCAGUGCAAAAGAGUCCCUAUUGGAAACUAGAUGCCUGGGAGGAUGAUGCCCGUCGACGCAAGCGGAUGGUGCAGAAUCCACGCGGUUCUUCACAUCCCCAGGCCACUCUGAAGGCGGCUCUGGAAAAUGGUGGACCCGAAGAUGCCAUCCUGCAGACCCGUGAUGAGUUCCAUACCCAAAUUGCUGUGUCGCGAGCCCAUCCGUCGGGUCAGCACAAUGGAGAACUAUUGGACGAUGCCGAGCUAUUGAUAGAGGAUCGUGAAUUGGAUCUAGAUCUGACGGGUCCGGUCAAUAUUAGCACCAAGGCGAGGCUAAUUGCACCCGGAUUGGUGGCACCUGGUACCGUUUCGAUAACCAGCACUGAAAUGUUCUUCGAGGUAGAUGAAGAGCAUCCCGAAUUCCAGAAGAUCGAUGGUGAAGUUCUAAAGUAUUGCGAUCAUUUGCACGGGAAGUGGUACUUCUCGGAGGUUAGGGCCAUCUUCUCGAGGCGUUAUCUUCUGCAAAAUGUCGCAUUGGAGAUCUUCUUGGCCAGCAGGACGUCCAUAUUAUUUGCCUUCCCCGAUCAGCAUACGGUCAAGAAGGUAAUCAAAGCACUGCCUCGCGUUGGAGUUGGUAUAAAGUAUGGAAUACCACAGACGCGUCGUGCCUCCAUGAUGUCGCCACGCCAACUGAUGCGCAACUCUAAUAUGACCCAAAAAUGGCAGCGCCGCGAGAUCAGCAACUUUGAGUAUCUAAUGUUCCUCAAUACGAUCGCCGGGAGGACGUACAACGACCUAAAUCAGUAUCCCAUCUUCCCAUGGGUACUAACCAAUUACGAGUCCAAGGAUUUGGAUCUUAGCCUGCCAUCGAACUAUAGGGAUCUAUCGAAACCGAUUGGUGCACUGAAUCCAUCGCGUCGAGCCUAUUUCGAGGAGCGUUACGAGAGCUGGGACAGUGAUACCAUACCGCCCUUCCACUAUGGCACCCAUUAUUCCACGGCGGCCUUUACACUCAAUUGGUUGGUGCGUGUGGAACCGUUUACCACCAUGUUCCUGGCCCUCCAAGGUGGCAAAUUUGAUUAUCCGGAUCGAUUAUUCAGUUCCGUAUCGCUGUCAUGGAAGAAUUGUCAACGUGACACAUCGGAUGUUAAGGAACUGAUACCCGAAUGGUAUUUCCUACCGGAAAUGUUCUACAAUUCAUCGGGCUAUCGUCUGGGUCAUCGUGAGGAUGGAGCAUUGGUCGAUGAUAUCGAACUACCGCCAUGGGCCAAGAGUCCCGAAGAGUUUGUACGCAUCAAUCGCAUGGCACUCGAAUCGGAAUUCGUAUCCUGCCAACUGCAUCAGUGGAUCGAUUUGAUUUUUGGCUAUAAGCAACGCGGUCCCGAGGCCAUUAGAGCCACCAAUGUGUUCUACUACCUAACGUACGAGGGUAGCGUCGAUUUGGAUGGUGUCCUGGAUCCCGUAAUGCGUGAAGCGGUCGAGAAUCAAAUUCGUAACUUUGGCCAAACGCCAAGUCAGCUAUUGAUGGAACCACAUCCGCCGCGUAGCUCGGCCAUGCAUCUAUCGCCGAUGAUGUUCAGUGCAAUGCCCGAGGAUCUGUGCCAGAUGCUCAAGUUCUAUCAGAACUCACCGGUCAUUCACAUUUCGGCCAACACGUAUCCACAAUUAUCGUUGCCAUCGGUAGUUACGGUCACGGCUGGUCAUCAAUUUGCGGUUAAUCGAUGGAAUUGCAAUUAUACCGCAUCCGUCCAAAGUCCCAGCUACGCUGAAUCGCCACAAUCGCCGGGUUCCAAUCAACCACUUACCAUAGAUCCAGUUCUGGCUGUCCAUGGUACCAAUAAUAAUAGCAAUGCGGUUAGCCGACGACAUUUGGGCGAUAAUUUCAGCCAAAUGCUGAAGAUUCGAUCGAACUGCUUUGUCACCACGGUGGACAGUCGGUUCCUAAUCGCCUGUGGAUUCUGGGAUAACAGUUUCCGGGUUUUCGCCACUGAAACAGCGAAAAUCGUACAGAUUGUGUUCGGCCACUUUGGAGUGGUGACAUGCAUGGCCCGUUCCGAGUGCAACAUUACCUCGGAUUGCUACAUUGCAUCCGGAUCGGCGGACUGUACGGUGCUCCUGUGGCACUGGAAUGCCCGCACCCAGAGCAUUGUGGGCGAGGGCGAUGUGCCAACGCCUCGAGCCACCUUGACGGGUCACGAACAGGCGGUGACAUCGGUGGUGAUUAGUGCUGAAUUGGGUCUGGUGGUCUCUGGAUCAUCAAAUGGACCCGUUCUCAUUCACACCACAUUCGGUGACCUAUUGCGCUCGCUGGAUCCACCGGCUGAGUUCCACUCCCCGGAACUGAUAACCAUGUCCCGCGAGGGCUUCAUUGUCAUCAAUUACGACAAGGGCAAUGUGGCCGCCUACACCAUCAAUGGCAAGAAACUGCGCCACGAGACGCACAACGACAAUCUUCAGUGCAUGCUGCUGUCGCGCGAUGGUGAAUACCUGAUGACCGCCGGUGAUCGCGGCAUCGUGGAGGUGUGGCGCACCUUCAACCUAGCACCACUUUAUGCCUUCCCCGCCUGCAACGCGGGCAUCCGAUCUUUGGCCCUCACCCAUGAUCAGAAAUACCUUCUGGCUGGACUCUCAACGGGGUCAAUCAUAGUAUUCCACAUCGAUUUCAACCGCUGGCACCACGAGUACCAGCAGCGCUAUUAAGCUUUGGACGCAUUCCAAUAACCCACGAAUUGCCAGUUAACAGAGGCCAAGGAUACGGAGACGAAAACGAAAGCGAAAACUAAAAAGUAAAACUAAAAACGGAAACGGAAAUGAAGAAAACAAAUAUGAAAACGAUCGGAAAAAAGCAAACUACGAAGUACUUAAACAAAGAAAAACGUCGGCAAAAGGAGGAGGAGAGGAUCGGUUUUUUUCUAUAUAGACCUUUACAACUCUAGGCUAGUAAGCGAAACUAUGUUUUUUUUUUGUCUAGUAUUAAUUGUGCAUUAGUGUGUGUUUUUGGCCAAUAAAAGCCAGUCAAAAUGAUAAAGAAAAAAAAAAAAUUUAACAAAACAAAAAAAAAAGAGAACGGAACAGAACAGAAGAUGAAAAAAUUUUUUUUUACUAGUAUUAACGAAAUGUAUGUUAAGUUAUGGCAAAAUGGAGAAGGGCAAAAGGCAAAAGCCAAAAGCAAAAGGCAAAAAGCUAAAGGCAAAAGCAAGAAGAAAGCGAUGAAAGGAAAGGAAGAGAAAGCUGGCGGCUUAAGUAAGUAGUUGAAAUAAGACAAAUGAAGUUAGUGUUUAUAAAACGCAAUAAGCAGUUAAUAAAUCUAAAAGUAAAACCUAAAGCUAAUUCCACAUGCAUUAUAAUACCAACGUAGCAAAAGUUCUCAUAAAAAUUUAAAAAAAAAACAAAUGAAAAAAGGAAUAUAAAGACGAAGAAGAAGAAAACGCUGCGCAACGCAAAAAUAAGAAGGGAGUAAAAUGAAAUGAAACUAAAGCGGCCAAAAAAGUGAGAGAAUGGUAGAGAAAAAGCAGAAAGCCAAUUUUUAAUUAUAGCAUUAGUUCUUUGUGACAAAAACACACACGCCCCAACCACACCCCGUACACACACUCACACUCAGCCACACACACACACACUCUACAAAGGUAACCAAGCAAGGACAAUGCCAAGGCAAUAAAGCUGAUAAAUAGUAAAGAAAGGGGAAAAGAGUGAAAGAGGGAAUUCUGAAGAUGAGCGCACUGCAGGAAACGGAAGUAAAGCGGAGAGCGGAUACGAAAUAUUUUAGUACACACACACACACACACACACACGCAGUCACGCGCAUAUGUAUUUGUAGCUAAACUAACACUCAACUUAACUCCAAAACAAAACGAAACGAAACGCUAACUAAAAUCUAAACAACAACUAAAUUAUCAACACUGCUAAGAGCCACAGAAAUAAAUAAAUAAAUAAUAUAAAAAAAAAAAAAAAAAAAA